AUGACAUCAAUAGCAACACCAAGUUAUGGUGUUAAAUUUCCAUCACGUAAAGAAAGAACAGUCAAACGAGUUACGAAAUGCGAAACACGAGAAAUUCAGAAACGUCUUGAACCACCGAAGCCUGUUCGUGUUCGUCCAACACCAAAACCUAAAGCACCAAAAAAAUCCAAACCACCAGCUACACUUUCGAAGCCAGUAAGACCUCCUACAAGUAGGGUUUCAUCACGUUCUAAUGUACGUCCUACAACAUCAAACACAUCAAAACAAACAACACUCCCUUCAUCAAAUAGUUUACAACCACCUGAUUUAGAAAAAUUAGCUCGUUUAAAUUGUUCACGUGAAUUUAGUCUUUUUCAUCAAUAUAUUAAAUCUGAUUUAUCCAAAUCUUAUGAAAAUCAAUUAGCAUUUUUGCAAACAAAAUUACAACAUUUAAAAAAUGAAUUUAUUAAUAAACAAGCUGAACAUCUAAAUUUUGAACAAAUAAAAGAAUAUUAUAAUCAAGCAGUUAAAGAAAAUUUACGGCGUCAAAUUAAACCCGAUGAAUAUUUAACUUUAGCUGAAAAAUUUCGGCAAGAUAUAAAACAAGCAAUCGAUAAAUGGCUUCGAAAAAAAGAAUAUAAACCACCUAAACAAGUUACAGAGUUUUUACAACGACGUCAAGAACGUAUACGCGACCAAAUUAAACAAACAAUUGAAGAACAAAGAAAACAACAACAAUUAGCCAAACAGGCUGAAAAUACAACUAACAGUAGUAUUACAAUAACACCCGCAUCGAAACCUGCAAUACCGGCAACAACAACAGUAGACGAUGAUGACAUAAUAAUAAUUGAUUAG